GCGAGCUCCGGGCGCGGCGCUUGUUUUGGUUUCUUUCUAGCUUGCCCCUUGCACCUUCGAGAGAGCUUUUCUGAGCCAGUUGCUGCAUCUGUCUACACUGUGACCUCCUCUUCUUAGGGCUUUCCCAGCCCGCAGUUCUGCAAGCCCUUCGGGGCCGACCCCUGCCAUGCCGCUAGUCCGCUAUAGGAAGGUGGUCAUCCUCGGAUACCGCUCUGUAGGGAAGACAUCUUUGGCACAUCAGUUUGUGGAGGGCGAGUUCUUGGAAGGCUAUGAUCCUACAGUGGAUAAUACUUACAGCAAGAUAGUGACUCUUGGCAAAGACGAGUUUCACCUACACCUGGUGGACACUGCAGGGCAGGAUGAGUACAGCAUUCUGCCCUAUUCAUUCAUCAUUGGAGUCCAUGGUUAUGUGCUUGUGUAUUCUGUCACCUCUCUGCAUAGCUUCCACGUCAUUGAGAAUCUGUACCAAAAGUUACAUGAAGGCCAUGGGAAAACUCGGCUGCCGGUGGUGCUAGUGGGGAACAAGGCAGAUCUCUCUCCAGACAGGGAGGUCCAGGCAAUUGAAGGGAAGAAGUUGGCAGAGUCAUGGGGUGCGACAUUCAUGGAAUCAUCUGCUCGAGAGAAUCAGCUGACUCAAGGCAUCUUCACCAAAGUCAUCCAGGAGAUUGCCCGUGUAGAGAAUUCCUACGGGCAAGAGCGCCGCUGCAGUCUCAUGUGAACCCUCAAGCAUGGGGUAGCUGCCUGGAUUCUUCCCCUGGCACUUGCCAGGCCACAGGGGGCGGGCAGGUCCUCAGGACUUCACGGGUAUGGUUGCCAGCUGUGUCCUGGACCUCUGGGCACACAGUAUGGUACCCUCACGUUUGCACACUUUCCCCAGGCUCCAGUGGCCUGGUUGUCAAUGUUUACAAAGGGGCAAGGAUGUCUAAUGGGCACUGGCCUCUGUUUUUGCUAAAUGAAUUCUCAUAACCUGCGGGGUUGCGAUAUGAGUCCUGGGUAUUCAGGACCCAGUCUCCUGUGUAGGUUUUGGAUGUUGGCUGGGUGAAGGAGUUAGGGACUCUAGAAGUGGAGCUAGCUCCUUAGGGUGACAAUGUAUAUAUGCAAAUAAACUGAG